CGCAUUUCUCAACACAGCGCUCCUUUACCUGUCGAGAAGAGCCAAAUCUGUGCGUUAAGGGACUAAAACGUCAAUAAAGAGUCAAGAAAGUCACCGGAAUUACCUACAGAAAGUGUCUUCCUUCUAAGAAUGGACUGAAACUUGUUUUGGUCUGAAGAGAAAACACUCAAAGCAAAAGAAGAAGAGUUUGACCACCAUCCAGCAACAUGGACUGGAAGACUUUCCAAGCCCUCCUCAGUGGGGUGAACAAAUACUCCACUGCGUUUGGGCGGGUAUGGCUGUCUGUGGUUUUUGUGUUCAGGGUGAUGGUGUACGUAGUGGCAGCAGAGCGAGUUUGGGGCGAUGAGCAGAAAGACUUUGACUGCAACACCAAGCAGCCUGGCUGCGCCAACGUCUGCUACGACUUCUUCUUCCCCAUCUCCCACAUCCGCCUGUGGGCCCUUCAGCUCAUCUUCGUCACCUGCCCAUCCUUCAUGGUGGUCAUGCACGUGGCGUACCGUGAUGACCGUGAGCGCAAGUACAAGGCCAAGCACGGUGACAGCAGCAAGCUGUACAACAACACGGGGAAGAAGCAUGGCGGCUUGUGGUGGACGUAUCUCAUCAGCCUUUUUGUAAAGACGGGCAUCGAGGUCUCCUUUCUCUACAUCCUCCACCAUGUUUACGACAGCUUCUACCUGCCAAGGCUGGUCAAAUGUGAGGUGGCACCUUGCCCCAACCAGGUGGACUGCUACAUCGGCCACCCAACUGAGAAGAAGGUCUUUACCUACUUCAUGGUGGGGGCUUCAGCCCUCUGCAUCGUCCUGAACAUCUGUGAGAUCAUUUACCUAAUCUCCAAACGCAUCGUAAGAUGUGCAAACAAGGUGAAGAGGCGCAAUCGCAACAUGGCUGUGCAUCUUGACAAUUACAGUGAUGACCCCUUUAACAACUGCAACCUGCCUGUGUCGAGGGCGGACCUAAAGGAAAAGCCUCCAUCCUUCAACACUGCAAUAAAACCUGCAUUCAGGCCCUCUGGACUCAGACUUGAAGAGAAGAUACGGGCCUCUGCUCCAAAUCUGUCCAGUACUUCGUGAUUAAAAACAAAGCACACUGAAGGGCAGGAGAUCAGCAGUGUUUGGGCGAGAACCCAGAACAGACUCAGAACUAUGAGCCAGACUGCAGUGUGUGUCAGACCCUGGAAGUUGAGUCAUCAGUACUGGAUUCAUCCUGUGGGCCCCUGUGUCUACAUCUAAGACUCUUUUUGAGCACAUGAACUAUUGUUUCCAAGUCAACAUCCACAAUAUUUACAAGUCAGAUAGAGCCAAAUUGAUUUGUUAAUGACACGAGGGUUUCUUUUAUGAAUACAACAAAGGUCUGUGUGGCUUCACAGCUUCACCCCUUCACUCGUAUUAGAACAUUCCAGAGUGGUUUCUCUGUCUCUCCUGUGAUAGGAGGUUUAACAUGGGAGGGGAAGGAGAGGAAACACUCAACACAAGAAGGCAGGACACACCUGGCAGAGGUAUUCACCCACACUGCCAGUGUCUACAGUGUUGUGUCAGGGCGCCAUGUUGACGUCCAAUGUUAGCUUCACAUUUCAGUGAUCUCUUUAAUUUAUCUGAACUGUGUAAUCUAAUUGCUGUACUGAUGACUCCAGGUUAUGAGAGAUUGGCCAAGUAAUACUUGAAGGUUUGCAAACAGGCCAAAAAGGUUUUAAUGCAUUUAUUCUCAGUUAAGAUGCAUAUAUCAUUGACGUUUUUAUUCAGGUAAAGCCUUGGUGGGCUUGCUCUUCUGCUGCACAGUCACUAGUUGUUCAUGUGGUGCCUGUGUUUUGACGAGCUUGUACACAAAUCUUUCCUCAUCCAAGACCACUGUUGAUUUAAAUACGGCAAAAGGAAUGCUGCUGCUUCAUUCUGUUGAAAGCCACGUAAGAGUGGAGAGGUUGAACCAACAUAGCUCACUGAACUCGUUCAUGUUUUUACAAACUCUCAUCACAUGAUGUUGACAUCAAGUUGUUUCCUGCACUUAUUUCUAAUAAAGUCAUUUUUUAAAUUAAAAGUAAAUAUAGUAUUCACUGAAUGUGUCU